UUUUUUGUGCCUCUCUUUCUCUCAUAUUCAGGGUGGUCUUAUUCGUCGUUGUCAUGUACUUGGCGUAUACACGUUAAAUACACAUAAAUGUAUGUAUAUGUAUACGCGUACAAACUUGUGGACCUGUGCCGAAACGAGGGCCCUGGUUUUUCCCUCGCACCCGAGUAACCUAAACGAGCUAUAAGCAGCAGCGUCAUCGACAUGUCGCUGUUCAAGACAAAAGAGUGGUGGAAAACCGAGUGCUCCAGUAGCAGUGGCAGCAACGACAAUAAUCAACAACAGCAGCAGCCGCAGCAGCAACAUCAACGGGAGACGUUCGAUGGCCAAAGUUUGCUACUGGUGCGUGGCUUGUUCGAGGCAGAGGCCGUCCACGAUGUCAUUGUCGUGGUCAGCCAUGCCGGCUACCUGCGCAUCUACGCACCCCACAACGAAUGGGACGAGGAAGGCCAGGCGCCCGGCCCCUACAGAUCGACUGAUCUCGUGAUCGAGGCCAAGCUCGCCGAUUCCAUACUCGACUGCAGGGAUGGCCGAUUCGUCUCUGGUUCUCAGGCUACGCAUUUGGCCAUUUUGACACCCACAAAAUUAGUCGUUUACGCAGUGAGUCUUAUAAAGGGCGCCAUCGAACACGGUGACCGAUGCAGCUUGAAGGUCGCCUACGAGCAUCACUUGAAGCGUUUCCCGGCUUCGCUGGUCGUCGGUCCCUUCGGCGGGCUCGGCGGCCGCGACUUUCUCUGCGUCCAGUGCCUCGACGGCAGCCUGCUCUUCUACGAGCAGGAGGUCUUCACCUUCGCUCGGACGCUCAAAGCUCGCCUCCUGCCCGAGCCGAUGAUUUACGUGGCCAAGAACGACGUCUUCGUGACCCUGGGCAGCGACUGGAGCCUCGAGUGCUACCGCUACCAGAACAUCGCCGAGGUCGGCCGAAAGGACGACGCGGCAGCGGCGGAAAGCGACAGCAGACGAGCGGCGGCAACGGACUCGGCACCCGCCGUCCGACCCGAUUGGAAUUACAAUUUGGGCGAGGCCGUGAUCGGUCUGUCGGCCGUCACCCUCAGCAGCUUCGAGGUCGGCAUCGUCGUGCUCGGCGAGCGAACGCUGUACUGCUUCGGCGACGCCGGCACGUCCAUCAAAUUUUCCAAGCGACUCGCCUUCAAUCCGCUCUGCUUUUUCGCCUACAUCAUAGAGCCGGACGGUAAAUUAAUGGAGAUGCUCGUUGCCGAUACGAACACAAUGAUGAUUUACGAGUCUACGACUCUCAAGUGGACGGCCCAGCUACCAUUCGCUCCUGUGGCCGUUGCUCGGGCUCGAUUGAAGAACCUCGACGGCGCGAUAGUCGCUCUGUCGGAGGAGGGCCGCCUCGAGGUCUGCUACCUCGGCACCGAGCCGACUCUGUUCGUGGCGCCGCCGGUCAAUCGUCGGGGCUUCGACUACGUGGCGGCCGAGCGCGAGCUCCUCGAGAUGCGCCACUUGCUGAAGGAAGAGGCUGCCGGUGGCGGUGCUGCUGGCGGUGCUGCCGAUCCUCUCCUGGACGAGGCGAUGCUCGAGGCCGAGCUGUCCAUUCAGGUGUACGUCUCGCCGGAGCUGCUGCCGAUGCAGGCCAGCCCCUCGCGAUUCUCCUCCUCGCUCGAUGACAACAACGAGGAAAACAAAGCCAGACAAUCGAGCAUGUGCAAGAUCAGUCUCGAGUUGGCGUCGUACACGAGCCUGCGGGACGUGCAGGUGAUUCUGGAGGUCGAGGAGCCGCUCAAGCUUUCCGACGAUUUUCUUCAGUAUCCGACUCUGCGUGACAAGCACAGCAGGGACAUCUUCGUGUACCUCGGGGCCACGUCGGACUGCGUGGCGCUCGAAUCCCGGGUGCAAAUCGUCGCCAGUUACGAGAACGAGUCCGACCAGACGCGGGUCGUUUACAAGCAGAUACAGCUGCCGGCGAGGCUGCUGCUGAAGCCGACGCCGCCCGAGAGCACGGCCCAGCACGUCAUCACCAUCAAGAGCAGCGAGCCGGUACUCGGCUUCAGCCAACUCUUUCCAGAAUUCGUGGGCGACUCGCAAUCCCGCCAAAUGACCAACUCGGUGGGCAUCGAGCAGGUGGCCACGGGCAGCCUGGUGAGCGUCAGCUCGGGCCUCAUGCAGAAUCGCUACCGGCUGCAGUCGAGCGACCCGCUGGCCCUGCCGCUGGUGCUGCAGCAGCUGCUCCAGCGCCUCGAGGACAAGUCCGGCUCGGCCAAGGUCGCCAAGCUCAAGCUCAGCAGUACCCUGGCCCAGCAGCACCUGCAGCUGCUCUACGACCGGAUAGACGCCUGCUUCGAGACGAGGCUCGACAUCAAAGCCGCCAUGAGGGAGAUUGGAUUACUGACGACCCAAUUGAGAAGUAUCGAGAAGAGAAUGCUGCGCGCCACCAAGGAGCGAAACUCGCGCUCGCUCAUGUCCACAGGACUGUUGAGCUUGCUCGAGGCUACCUACGACGCUUACUUUGGACAAUUGGACAAGUUGCAGCUUGCGCAGCAGAAGCGAGAACGAGCGGCGCACGACUUGCAGGCCGCCCUCAAAUUGAUUAUACUGCUGCUGAAGAUCAACGUCGGCGAGGACAAGUGCAGACUCUUUGAGUCGGCCGUCAAUUACACGACCCAAUUGAGGGCCGAUGAUUUGGACUGGGAAGAGAUCACGGAUAUGGGACUGGCGAUGCUGAUGCGUCAUCUGCAGCAGGAGCGCGACGGAGGCGCGAACGACGCCAACUACGAUCUCGGCCGUCGCAGACUCGACUAUUCCUACAUCAAGUUCGAGACGCGGGACGAUCUGGAAAAGCUCAAGAGGCACCUGAGCAUGGCGCUGGAGCUGCUGAUGGCAAGCAGUGGCGUGCAAGAGGAGUCCCUGGCCGAGGAAUAGUCGAUCGCUCGCGCCCGGCCCAAGAUUACAUUUCUGCAACGAUCGAGCGAGACGAUC